CGAAGACGUUCCAGAGGAGAGGCAGAGGAUUUAAAGAGAAACUAAGGAUGCCGUUACUCCUGGAGGUCUGCAGCAACGAGGCUGUCUGCGAAGCUCUUGGUGGAAAUCUCGCUCUUCUCGCCGAGCUGCGAGACAGACUUCGCGAGUGGCUCAAACUUCAACCCCAUCUUCCGCAAGAUCUGCCCAAUGAAAGACUAGAGUAUUUCGUAAUCGGUACCAAGUUGAGUCUGGAACUAGCCAAACAGAAACUUGAUACGUACUACACGGUGAGACGACUGGUCCCUGAGAUUUUCCAGGACCGGGAUCCUGCAGGACCUUGGGCCACCCGUCUUCGAGAAAUUUUGCAGUGGGUCUGUUUACCAAAACUUAAUUCGGAGAAAUUCCGGGUAUCGAUUUUGCGAUCCAUCAGUGAGGAUGCUUCGAAGUUCCAGCCUUGGGACUUAUUCAAGUACAGCUUCAUGGUGGGCGACGUCCGUAUUUCGGAGUGUCGCAGCCUCGGCGACGUUUACAUUUACGACCUCUCCGCCGCGAGGUUGGCCCACCUAGGGAAGCUCAGCCCGACCAUCCUGAAGAAAUGCGAGGUCGUCGCCACGAAGGCGUUCGCCGCGCGAAUAAAAGGAAUCCAUUUCAUCAACGCGCCGAGUUUCAUCGACCGAAUCGUCGCGCUGGUGAAGUCGACGUUAAAGCCGAAACUAGCCGACAGGGUGCACGUUCACUCCUCGGGGUACGAGACUCUCUACGAUCACGUACCCAGGGAAAUCCUGCCCAAGGACUACGGUGGUGAACAAGAAUCCAUGGACGUGCUAUCAGAAAAAUGGAACGAAAAACUGUUGGAGUGGCGGGACUGGUUCCUAGAGCAGCAAAACGUGGCGGUGGACGAAUCUCGUCGAUCUGGACCAACCAUCGACGAAGACGACCUGUUCGGAUUUUCGGGCUCUUUCCGGAAGCUGGAAGUCGAUUGAAGACAUUCGAAAGCACCCUCCGAAGAGCCUUCUGGCGUUGCGAUGAGGGUGUCGACCCUUCUUUCAACCCCUUCGACCGGACUCGUGUUUAUUCGAACGAACGCCCGUUAAAGUAGAAAAUCCCAGAAAAGGCCAGACGUAAACAUGCGUUAAAACGUUCCGACCAGGACGAGGAUGCUCCUAAGGAUUUCCGUAUACUUAUCCAACGUGCAAGUACGUACAACGUUGUCGUAACCAGACGACAAAAGAGAGUCAAGAAAGCUAUCGAUAUUACGACCCCAAUACAUUAGCAAGGGAGGAUGCGUUCGUCGCGAAUCGACGAAAAGGGCGUAAUUCGGAAUUAUACCAACGAAAGGGAUAUCUAGGGGAACGGAGGAAUAGGUGUUACGGAGACCCCUAGGGACCUUGGCAAAGAGAAGAGGUCGGAGGUGCGAUAAUAGGGAUAAUAUAUGGUCAUGAGCUAUCCUUUGCCGCCAUCCCUCUAUAAGAUGUCGUGGAUUCCGGUGAACCUCUCGCUUUAAAGGCUCUCAAGCUGAUUCUUGACUCUAAUAACUUUAGAAUCGACCCGUAAUGACCUUCCGUGAAGAAUUUAAAGCAAUGUUUCUUUUCAUUCCGCAGUUUAUUUAUUUCACAAAAUUUUAAUUAACCUCCCAACAUAUUUAGCCAAUUAUUGCCCGUAAGGAACAUUUUAAGCAAGGGAACAUCUUUACAAUAAAUAGAAUUUAUUUAUAUAAUAUUCAACGUUCCCAGUAGUAAAGUA